AUGUCGCCUCCCACCACCAACGAGGAGCGCGCUGCCAGGGCCGAGCGCGCUGCCAAGGCUCUGCGCGCUGCCAAGACUCGGCGCGCUUCCAAGUCUGGAAAACCCGCAAAGUCAUCGGAUGGUGCGUCGCGCUCGGCGGAACAGACGAAGGACCACAUCAAGUCUGACCCCAAGGACUCGGAGCAGGCCACGACAGCAUCUGCGGCACAGCAGAACCCCUUCGUACUGCCAAUGCCAGACCCGAGCGAGCUGGCGCAGGCUCUGGCUUUCCCUCCGCUGGACGAUAAGGAGCUUCUCGCUCUGUGGCUGGGCGCUACCAGCCUGGUGCACGACCCGACUCAACCCUUCCGCGAUGAUCAUCGUGCCGGCCAGGAAGUGUUCAAGAAACUUUCGUUGGGCGAGCCUGUCACGGCCGCUGAAGAUUUGCGCUACAUGGACGACUUCACGGUCAAGAUGAAAAAGUAG